AUGCAGUUGGAUGCUGACAAGCUUGUACUGCCAGAGGACUACACGCCAUUAGGGACAAAGAUUGGGUGUGGCUUCCCAUUCAUAAAGGCCAACGAGUGGAAGUCUUGGUGCUUGGUGUACUCUCCUGUUCUCCUGCGUGGUCAUCUACCUGAAGCUCAUAUUGCCCAUCAAUCUUUGGAGGCUUUCUGCAGAGAGUGCGAGAAGUUGUAUAAAGUUCCGUUCCUUUUGCCAAACAUGCAUCUCCAUCUUGAUCUUUUCAAAAGAUGCAAUGGUAUCUUGAAAAACUAUGCGACAAAUAGAAAAGACGGGUUUGAGAGAACCUAUAUGAAGAAGUAUCUUGAAGAAGCAUACCAGGGAGAUCUUAUUUGCCAAACUUUGCCAAUAAUUCGACCUGAGCAUUUGGCAAUCAUCCUUGAGCUCACUGCAUCUACUGCCAAUUCCAUAGCCACUUCCACUUCUACUUCCACUUCCACUGCUACCUCAAUCCAAUUCGAUAUCAAUGCUUUUCUUGAUUCUCCUGAGAUCAACUUUGAUAUUGUCAAGGGAAACGAGCCUUUGCCUCCUUCCGCACUUCCUUUAGCUCUAAAGGGGGAGAUUUCCAUGGAUGAAUCCAAGUAUGAGCAUUUGUUGGAAUACUAUUGCAAGACAUACAAUGAUCAAACUCUUAAGUUUGAAUCAAUCAAUCUUUUUGGGCAAAUCUACAAGAGCAAAAUGAAGAAUCAGUGCGGGACUUUCAUGCAAGCCUUGUUUGAGACAAGUGAUGGUAGAAGUACCAAGCCAUAUGCAGGCCAAAUUCAGUACCUCUUUGUCAAUACUGCCUACAAGGAAGUUUUACUUCAGCCCAGAGCAGGAGAAGGAGUUGAGGUGAAUGAGGUGGGGUUCAAAGAUGACAGCAUGAACAGCAUUCUCCCAGUGCAUAGAAUCUGCUAUCCAGUCGCAGUAGGCGAGCACCUUGGUCUAGAAGGCGAAGUUCAGAUGUGUGUAGUUCCUUUGCCACAAAAAAUAUAUCUUUAG